AUGUUGACUUUGCGAUCCUGUUAUUUGAUUCUGCAGAAGGAGACGCCGCUCGCCAACGCCGCGUUCUGGGCCGCGAGGAGGGGAAACCUGGCUCUGCUCCGGCUGCUGCUGAACAGCGGCCGCGUGGACGUGGACUGCAGGGACAGUGGCGGCACCUCGCUCCUCAUGGUCGCCUCCUACGCGGGCCACAUAGACUGCGUGCGGGAGCUCGUCCUCCAGGGCGCGGACAUCAACCUCCAGAGAGAGUCAGGCACCACCGCCCUGUUCUUCGCCGCCCAGCAAGGCCACAAUGACGUCGUGCGGUUUCUCUUCGAAUUCGGAGCAUCCACUGAAUUUCGGACCAAAGACGGGGGCACUGCCCUGUUGGCCGCCAGCCAGUACGGGCACCGGCAGGUGGUGGACACCCUCCUGAAGCACGGUGCCAACGUCCACGACCAGCUCUACGAUGGAGCCACUGCCCUCUUCCUGGCUGCCCAGGGCGGCUACUUGGAUGUCACUCGGCUGCUGCUGUCGUCCGGAGCGAGAGUCAACCAGCCGAGGCAGGACGGGACGGCACCCCUGUGGAUCGCAUCGCAGAUGGGCCACAGCGAGGUGGUGAGGGUGAUGCUGCUGCGGGGAGCCGAGCGGGACGCCGCCCGGGACGACGGCACCACGGCACUGCUGAAGGCGGCCAACAAGGGCUACCACGCCGUCAUCGAGGAGCUGCUGAAGUUCUCCCCCACCCUGGGCAUUCUGAAGAACGGGACGUCGGCGCUCCACGCGGCAGUGCUCAGCGGGAACAUCAAAACCGUCGCGCUGCUCCUGGAGGCAGGGGCAGACCCGGCCCUGAGAAACAAGGCCAAUCAACUUCCAGCAGAACUAACCCAAAACGAGCGCAUAUUGAGUCUCCUCGGAGGCAAAGGAGGGCGCAGGAAGAGCUACCUUAGCUGCAUAUUUGACUGAAAGGGGGAACCCGGCACCCCCUGUGCACCAGACGCUGCUCUCAAGUAGAGCGAGCAGCUGGAGCCUCUUCUACGCAGACAAGGCCCUGGCUGCCCACCCAGGUUCCCGACCAAGAAGAGCUGUGCCUGGUGCCUGAACCACAGCUCAGGGCUCCCUCAUCACACGGCUGCUCACGCGGCCUGCAGCCCACUCCCGCGGGGCCCGGCAGGGUCGUGGGCUCUGCAGAAGCUCAUUUUAAACUGGACUCACUCGGGCCUCUCGGUUCAACCCUAAUUGUUAAACCUUCGAAGAGCUGUAAGUAAGAAGUCAGAAAGACGGAAAGCCUUUAAGAGACCACAGGUCCCGCCUUCAAUGAACUCGUGCCCUUUAGCUUUUGUGUUACAUGUAAGGUGUGCUAAAAUAUGUAGCUCCGUGACAUUUUACAUGCAUGCAUGUAUGUCAUCCCAGUGUAAAAUGUUUCUCCUACCCCAGGGUCACAGCCAUGGUCUCAGAGACCUGUCGUGUGAACUUGCAUUAUUAAGAAGUCAGAGGUGGGCUGUUGGACGCAAAAGACAAAGUGUUCACGUGUGAGUUGAUCCUCGUCUUAUUCCUAACACGUAAAAGCCAUUUUUACCCGGAGUCCGUAUUGUAGGAAGGGCAGGAUGCAAGCGGCAAAUUUGGAAAUUCAGAAAAUUACAAACCACAGGACGGAGGACUGUUUCUUUGAGCUUUUACGUAGGUUGUGCUAUUGGGACUGUUUCCUGUGCCAUUAACAGGCUUGGAAUCUGGAGCUCCCACUUCGCACUGCUUGGUCCGUGGAUAAGAUGGGAUUCAUGCAAGUACAAUGCGUCGCUAUU